CCCCUAGCUCAGCCAGAGGAGGAGGAGGAGGAGAAGGAGGAAGAAGAGGAAGAGGAGGGGGACUACAUUUCCCGCCGGCCCCGGGAGGGCCGGGGCGGGUACAAAGCGGGCCCCGCCUGUCCCGGCAGGUGAGCGCUAGCAGGUCCGUCGCCCUUCGCGGGAGUCCGCGAUGCCUUUCUCUAGCUCCGGCGCGGACGAUGCCUUCGACUACCUCUUCAAGAUCAUCCUGAUCGGGGACUCCAACGUGGGGAAGACGUGCGUGGUGCACCGCUUCAAGACGGGGCAGUACAACGAGAAGCAGCAGAACACCAUCGGCGUCGACUUCACCGUGCGCUCCAUGGACAUCGACGGCAAGAAAGUGAAGAUCCAAGUGUGGGACACAGCUGGUCAAGAACGCUUCCGGACAAUAACCCAGUCUUAUUACAGGAGUGCCCAUGGGGCCAUCCUCGCCUAUGACCUUACUAGGAGGUCCACAUUUGAAUCCAUUCCUCACUGGAUUCACGAAAUUGAAAAGUAUGGUGCUGCAAACUUGGUCAUGAUGUUAAUUGGGAACAAAUCAGAUUCACUAGAUAAGCGCCAGGUCCUGUUUGAAGAUGCCUGCACACUGGCAGAGAAGCAUGGGCUCUUAGCUGUACUGGAGACAUCGGCAAAAGAAGCUCAAAACAUAGAAGAGGUCUUCACAUUAAUGGCUAAGGAGCUGAUAGCCCGGAAUACCUUACAGCUUCAUGGAGAGAACCCUCCGAACAGCAUCUAUCUUGAUUCCAGGCCAGUGAUUGCUAGUCCAAGUGUGGAGAAGAGCCAGUGCCUCUGUUGAAGAGAGAGUUCAGGAAGAACUUAGAAGUCUUCAUUCUUCUGAGGCUAUUUGAUUUCAUUUUAUUCAAUUGAUGAAAGUGUGCUAUGUGACCUCAAGCCAUCUCUCUGAUAUCUCUACCUUGCAGAUUGGCUUGUAAGUAUCUUCAGAGAUCAUUAAUGUUGAUAGCACAGGUUGCUUUGAAUGUGGCAGCUGAUACUUUAACACAAACUUCUGAGCUGAGAGGACUUGGGAAGCUGCCAGCCCUUGCCUUAACCAAAGAGAACUUUAAAAAAAUUAUUGCCUUCAAUUAUAGCCUUAAAUGUUUUUCUGGCUGUGUCAGAUGAUAAAUUUGCACCAGAGCUCUGCAUUGACUUGAUCCUUCUAAACUACGUUGUUUUUUCUAGUGCAAGCACUUUAUUUUUUGCCAGCAGCUUUAAGAAGUCUGGCACAUGCUUGGACAGCAGUAGCCCAUUGUUGCUUAAACUUGCAUUUAGCACACUCCUGAUGUCAGAUGUGUAGCCACUCAUCCCAAGGAUCAUAACAGAGUACAUGAUUUCACAUCUGUACUGAUUUCCUCACCAGGCAGACCUAGAGACAUCCCUGGGGUUUCACAGCAGGCAGAAUAUGAUACAUUAGGGUCCCAGCCUUCUUCCUGGGGUGGGAAAAGUUGUCUUCCAUUUUGUUCUCUAAUUCUAAGGAUAGUUUCCAGUAGUGAUCUCUGUCUUGCUACAUAAACUUCCCAGGAGUAGUGAAGCUUCCAAGGCACCAGUAAUGGCCUAAAUCAAUGCUGGGCUGAAAGGACUUUUUUUUUUUUUUUUUUGGUCCUUCCUUUUGAUGUGCUGAUUUUAAUGAAAAGCCUUCUGUAGCUUGUGUGAUGGGCCAAAGACAGCUUGAGAGUAUGCCUGUAGAUUUUUCAAGAGAGUGUGAAGAAGGGAUUCCAGCUCCUGUAAAACUGAGCAAGGGGUUAGAUGGUUUAAUUGUGUAACCUUACCACACCACCGUAAGGGCAUGGUGUGGAGCAUACCAGAAAGCUACCCCUAGGCAAGUGUAUAUGUUACUGUUAGGGAGACUUAACAUCUUGGUAGCAAUAGAAAGGUUUUGUAUUGCUCCUCCCAAAUGCAAGCUCUGCUUUUGGGGACCGGCUGCUUCUAUGUACCAGAACUGAAUGAAGAGUUUGUUGUUUUGGUUGGGUUUUUUUCAGUAGAUGGAAACAGGGAAGGAGGAGGAGGAAAGAAAUAUUAUACAGAGGAAGUUUUUUUGACUGCAGUCCACAUGUACCAAAGUGUAUCACUUAAGCAGUUACUGUUAAGCUAUGAACUGGAGCUCAAACUCUGUAAUGCUAAAAUACAGUCUGGGUUACAUGCAGAGAAGCCCUGGGAAGGCCAGUAUGCUGCUAGCUUACCAGACAGCAGCCUACCCAUGUUUCACAAGUGCCUGAAAAAUAGGGGGAAAAAAACAUGUAGCAAAUAUUUCUGGAAAAAAUCUUGUCUGAGAAGCGUAAAAAAAAAUAAAGUAGGAUGAAUCACUGAUUUAUAGUCUUGCAAAUAUUUCUAAUAUUAUUAAUGCUUCCUCUGGCCAGGUUCUUUGCUAUCCCAUGUGAAGAAGGGGGGUUAAUUCAGCUAUGUGUAAACUGAGGGAGAAAUCGUCAAUGCUAGCCUCUAAGCCUCUUGCUAUAGCCAGCUAAGGAGAAAGCUGCAUCAUCUUCUGGCAUCCUCUUUCUGAUCUGUUUUCUUUCUAAAUCUUAAUUUGGUAUUAGCCUAGUAGUUGCAUUUCAGUUUGCAUGUUUAGGCAGCAGUAAACACCAUAACCUUUCACAGCAGCUGAACAAGUACCAAUCCAGAUUCCAAAUAACUAGUUUCUACAACUCUUGUCACUGGGAAAACAGUCAAUAGCAGUUUUUUGUUUUUUAGUAUCCGCACUUGGAACAAAGUUUGCUAGCAGUUUCAUUCAGAUAUACCAGAGAUAGUAUUUGCAGCAAAUACUAAUCUUCUAGGAGACCUUAAUAGAAAAGUAUUGUGUUCAGCUCCAGUUACGCUCUUUCAUUAGCCAAGAAUUAGAGGAAGGAUCUUACCAGCAGAGUAUUAACCUCUGUAUGCUUCAUUGGGUUUACUGCCUUAAUUAGAGAUUACUGUAUGAAGUUCUUUUGCUUACCCCCACUGUGGGGGCUUCUGCAGGCCCAUGUUCCCUGAACUGCCCAGCACUGACAGGUUACAGGGCUCUUGCCAUUCUCUUCCCACACACACAGAGCCACCUGCAGAGCAAGUCCUUCGCUAGCAGAAAGCUCUGCAACACAGGAUCAUGGAAAACAGGCUCAUGAUUGUGCUUUGAGCUGUGCUGUUCCCUUUCAAUAAACUAGUCUUAAAUACCUACCCCUUGUGCAAUUAAAACAGGAGUGUGACCUCUUUUGGUUGGUUGUUUGGCAUCUUCCUCAAGCCCUGGGGACAGUUACACUGAAUGGCUUCCAUAGGGUGUUUUUUUUAAGCUGCCCUCAUAAAUGACGAGCAAGCUGCAGCCAUUGCCCACAAGAAGGUUCUUCAGAGUGCAUAUUGGUAAACAGUAUUACUCAUGAGGUAAUAUGUGAAGAAAGCUAUAACUUAAAAAAAAAAUCCCUUUAUUAUAGCAUGUUAUUCUAGACUGUAAGGUAGAACCACUGGAUUGAAAAACAGGCACAGUGUAACUUCUGCAGUUGUGCCUUUCCCUAUCACAGAGCAGAUGGAAGCAUGCAGCUAUGACAAUGCAAGACACAUUAACUGCUAUGGAACCUUAUAUUAAUAUGUUUGUUUUCCCAGCAUCAUAUGCAAAUCCAAUGUGCAUCAUUAAUGCACUUGUAGUAAAGCGUAGCUUAUUUUAAUGUUAUUUUACAAUGCUAUUCUAAAAAACCACUGUCCCACAGUUUUAAGAGCUGCAUCCAGCUUGAAGAUGAGCUUAUUUGUGAUUUUUUUUUUAAUCUACUUGGAAGAAGUAUUUGGAUCUUAGCUGUUGCACAAUACUUGCAUUGGUAUCACACCUAUGCCCUAUGAGACUGAAGCAGCACCUAUCCACCUAACAGGGUAACAAAAAAACCUAGAAGUAUUUUAGAACAGAGCAAGUUCUGACACCUCCCAGAAGCUGUCUUAAAAGUAAACACAACUGCAACUCAGUGCUGUGGAAAGCACAUGGCCCUGCCUGUGUGGUCAAGCUUUUCUUCAUACAUCAGGGAACAGGCUCUUAAUAACAAAAGCUGAGGUUCUUAUCUAGUCAUUCCAGUUAAAGUAUAGUUGGAAAGGAGACAGAGAAAGCAGUUUUCAGGCUACAAACAGAGAUAGAUCACUCUAUGUCGGAGCCUUCUUUAAGGAAGAAGAUGCAUGCCUAUGCUUUUGGACAGGGAACUGAAACUGAAGCUUCCCCCAGCCAGGUGAAUGCUCGAACCACAGCAUUAUGUAAAGCCUCCCCUUCCCAGCUGUGGGCUGCCAACAGGCAGGUUUUUAUAUAUCUCAUUUCCCAGAACACCACACUCAGCUCAAGGCAGGGGGGCUUUAAUAAUCAUUGCUCAGUGCACUGACCCCUGAAGCCAUUUUCAAGCAUCUCUCCAGAGCACGUUAAGGACUGGAGCUACAACAGACAAUGCUGGGCUAUCAGUGUCCUUUGACAGUAGUUUUUGCCAGGCCAAGAGCCCCUUUUACUUAAGUAAGAGUACUUCAACUUUUAAUAGGAACUUGCCAUUUGAGAGAGGUAGGACUUGUAAAAGACUUUUAAAGCACUUUUUCUAGUGCUGCUGUUCUAAAAAAUCCACCUUAAUUCAGCUGCCUGCAUAGGCUCUAUCUAUGCACUCACUUCAAGCUGUUGCCAAACAGGUGUUGACUCUAGGUUGACUGCAAGGGACAAAUAGCACACCCAUGGAUAACAGCAGCAAGUAGGAGCAGAAAGUUUAACAUAUUUGCAAUCCCACAUUUCCUUGCUACAGAUGUGUCCAUGAACAUCACAAGGGACUACAACGUAGAUUCUCUAUUGCUUUAAGCUGCUGUAGCAUUAAUAAUUCCAUCUAUACAAGUUCUGUUCCAAACAUGAGACACCCCAUAGCCCACUGGGCCCUCCAAACAAAUCUAUUUUGUACCAGCUGUAGCAGGAAAGAGUUACUUUGUAUGUCAUUCAAUGAACCAGGCAUCCCCUCAGCUAGGUGACAAUACACCUUGGGCUACAAUCGGGAAAACGCUGUGCUAUCAAGAUGUGAACUAAAGCAGCAGAGAUUGUAAAGACGUGCUCUUUGCUUGUAUCAUCACAUUCAGAUCAACUAGAAUGGGCAGCAGACACUUACUUGGCACUUACUACAAGAUGCAAACCAUAUGUAUAUGUUCUUGCAUAGGGAGUAAAGUCAAGGUGCUUCAAGGGAGAGCAUACAUCUUUUUCUAAACGUUUUGAAAUCAAGAUUUUGCUGGUGGAAGUUUAUGAGUCUUUAUACCUUUUUCGUCUUAACACUAUUCUCAGUGGCCUCUUCAGUUUCUGUACCUUAGGUAUUUGCUUAAAGAAAACAUAGCAUAGCCUAAGUUGUCACCCUCCAUAUUUUCACAUUAAAAGUUUGUUUUAAUUCUACUGACUUUAUUCCUGUUCUUACGGUGGAAAACCACAGGAGCCUGUUAACAUACUCUACUCAUUUCAAAGGCCCUACUCUUUUCAGUCAUUCCAGUUUGGGGUGGGAAAUCAUAACACAACAGGAAGCUUAGAAGCAGGCCUACCAACAGCAAGAUUCAAACUGGAAGUGACAGACAGCACUAUUGCUUGAUGACAAAUACAUACAGUUCUUUACCUUACAGAAGAACCACCAUAGCACGCUUCAAAGCGGGAGAUCAACAGAAACUACUUGUCAGGAUGCACUUGACUACAUCAGUCACCUUGCAGCUAGACAGAACAGCCUCCACCACAGCAAAUCACUUACUUGCAUAUUCUCA